CCAUGAGUUUAGUUAAAUCACAGACAGGCGCUGGCACUCUGCAGCCGUCUCUCUUUGUCCCUGUGUUCAUCCAGCUCUGAAGGCAUCACACAGCCUCCUGGUUCCACAGCUGAAGGACGUGCCGAGGCCCUCGCCCAAGGCCUGUAUCAGUCGCCACAGACGCACCCCCCACUGACACGGCUCCCUGCUCUAAAGGAUCUGGCACUGCAAAAAAAAAAAAAAAGGGUGGGGGAAAUGCCGAACCAAACGAGAGGCGAGCCAGCGGGAAUAAACCUGACAUGUGGCAUGUCUGGAAGCCACGAGUUCAUCUUCACCCUGGUGCCCAUCGUCUACGCCUUCAACUUUGUCAUCGGCAUCAUCGGAAACAGCAUGGUGGUAGCGGUCAUCUACUGCUACAUGAAGCUCAAAACGGUGGCCAAUAUCUUUGUCCUCAACCUCGCCGUGUCUGAUCUCACCUUCGUCAUCACUCUGCCCAUGUGGGCGACCUUUGCGGCCAUGGGUUACCACUGGCCUUUUGGAGGGUUUCUGUGCAAGACUGCCGCUGGACUGGUUAUGUUCAACCUCUACACGAGCAUCUUUUUCCUCACGGCACUCAGCAUUGACCGUUACCUGGCCAUUGUGCACCCGGUGCGGUCCCGGCGGUUUCGCACCGUGGUGUACGCGCACAUCACUUGUGUGAUGAUCUGGCUGUUUGCCUUUUUGCUCAGCGUUCCCAUAGCCUUGACCAGGGAUGUCCACUACAUCGAAAACUCUAAAACCAUAGUUUGUGGCACCCUGCACCCAAACGACAAAGACGUCAAAAGGCUAAACAAUCUCCUCCUGUGCAUCAGCCUCAUGAAAAGCCUGCUGGGUUUUCUGAUACCUUUUGUCAUCAUCAUCACUUGCUACUGUCUUAUUGGACGGGCCCUGCUAAGGGUGGAGCAUAUCCAGAAAAGCUCCUGCUCCCGGGACGACGAGGUGCUGCACAUGCUCGCAGCAGCUGUCCUGGCCUUCUUCCUGUGCUGGGCACCCCACCAAGUAUUUCACUUCAUGCAGAUGCUCACUCAGCUUAUCUUGGCUGACAAUUGCACCAUCCUGGAAAUCAUUGACACUGCCAUGCCGUUCACCAUUUGCAUUGCCUACUUCAACAGCUGCGUCAACCCCAUCGUGUACAGCUUUGUAGGACGCAACUUUCGCAAGAACCUACUGAGACUGCUGCGAUGCUCUCCAGGCGGUGUGGCAAGGCCUCAUCCCAGCAUCACCUCUAAGAUGAGCGCGCUCUCUUUUCGUGCCUCUGAAGCACUGAGCCUCACUGUCAAGAACAGCGUUUCCUGCGAUGUCAAAUGACAAUGGCCAAAGACAGAAACUGUGACCAGAUGAGUUGUCCUCCUUCUUGUGGUCUAUGGUAAAAAGACUGAAAACUGAGACGUCCGAAGCUUUAAAACCUGAGCUGUAAAAUAUGAGCAGUGAAACAUUUAAAAAAGACCAAAAAACAAUCACUACCUUAAGUCGCAAAUUUGGCAUUACCUCAUAUUUUGUAAGCCAUAAACUUUAAUGCAUUUUAGUAGCGUGACCCAAAUGAGUUCUUUAUUGUAAAGUGGAAGGAAAAUGAUACUUACAUUUUUGUGAUGAAUGAAACUCUAAAAUGAAAGGCAUGAAUUUUGUAUUCAACUUCCCUGAUUAAGUUUUCAGUAGAACUUGCUUUUGAUGAAAACACAGCAUGAUGCUGCCACCACAGUGUUUAAGCAUGGGGCAUGGUGUGUCCAGUGUGUCAGUUUCCACAAGUGGUCUUUUGCAUGUUGGCCUUUUGACCAAAAUGUUUAAUCCUGGUCUCAUUUUAUUGGAGUGAUAUUUUCCACGUGAUCUGCCUCCAACAGGGCAUGAGGCACACUACAAAUUGGAUUUCUUACUGCUUACAUGCCAUCGUUCCCUGGCCUUCAUGAUGCUGUUUAUUCAAUAAUGUUCUCCAACAAGCCUAGAAUUAUGUCGAUGUGAAAUUACCCACUGGUGGUAAUUUCAGUUCCAUUUUACAAGGAUGCCUUACUUUGGUUUGCUCCGUCACAUAAAAUCACAAAAUGUAAAUAAGUUACAUUGAAGUUUAGUGCCUGUACUGUAAUAAAAUGUCAAAAGAAAUUUGAAGGGAUAUUAUUACUUUUUUUGCACGGUACUGUAAUCAUCCACCAACAUUACGCUCCCAAAUAUAAACUUCAAUUUGUAUUUGGGAAUUUGUACCACUUCUGAAUAACUCCUGAAACUACUGUAUCUACAUAAGAUAACAUUGCUCUAAUAGAAAGGUUUGUGACUAAUUAAAGCUCACUUAUCUCAUUAUUUAUAAAAGAUGUGCAUGUUCUGCAGGAUUUUGUCAGCGCUGUGUCUUAAUGAAACUACUUAGUUAUGUAUUGCAGAAACCUCGGUGUGCAUUCUGUGUGCUCAGCAGGUUUUCCAAAUGCUUUCAUCAGUGAUCAAGUGUUCUGAUCCGACCCUGCAUGCUCUGCCUCAAAAUGUUCUGCAUGUUGUCAUGUAAAUUUAAAUAUGUAAUAUAUUAGGCUGAGAUAAUGUGAUAUUGCUUUGUGAUGCUGACAAUUUAUGUAAAAAUGUAUAUGUAUAUGUGUAUGGUAAAGUUCCAUGUUGGGUGAUAUUUGUCUUUGUGGUAAAUAUGUACGAUUACGUUUUUUGUUGUUUUUUUUUAACUCUGUAAGUGUAAAUUUUGUGACUGAAUAUGAAAGCAGAAAUAAAUUUAAAACAUA